UAUUGAUUCGCCAGUCGGAUUACAUACUCGUUAUCGACCUGUCUCUGUCCUUGUGCCGUUCGGUUUUCAACGAAAAACGUGUGUCAUAAAACGUAACAAGAAGUUGAUUUCUUGAAACUUGGUGGUCCUCGAUGGCUGGACAAACGAUCAACGAUCGUCUUCUAGCGGCUAAACAUAGCUUAGCGGGACAAGGACUCGCCAAAUCGGUAUGUAAGGCCACGACGGAAGAACUGUUGGGCCCCAAGAAGAAACAUCUCGACUAUUUAGUUCAUUGUACGAACGAGCCGAACGUUUCAAUACCGCAAAUGGCUAAUUUGUUAAUUGAACGAUCGCAAAAUACAAGUUGGGUCGUCGUAUAUAAAUCGCUCAUUACCACACACCACAUCAUGUGUUAUGGAAAUGAGAGGUUCACGCAGUAUUUGGCUUCAAGUAACGUAUCGUUCCAGCUGUCGAAUUUCGUAGAUAAAAGUGGAGUUCAGAGCGCUGUUGGAGCUAGGACUGGUUAUGAUAUGUCGCCUUUCAUCAGGAGAUAUGCACGGUAUCUAAAUGAGAAGGCGUUGUCGUAUAGAGCUGUGGCAUUCGACUUUUGCAAGGUAAAACGUGGGAAAGAGGAAGGUACGUUACGCACAAUGAGUGCUGAAAAUUUAUUAAAAACACUUCCUAUUUUGCAAAAUCAAUUGGAUGCUUUGUUGGAAUUUGAUUGUACAGCAAAUGAUUUAACUAAUGGUGUUAUUAAUAUGUGUUUUAUGUUAUUGUUCAGGGAUUUAAUCAGAUUAUUCGCUUGUUAUAAUGAUGGAAUCAUUAAUUUAUUAGAAAAAUAUUUUGAGAUGAAUAAAAAACAAUGUAGAGAGGCUUUAGAUCUUUAUAAAAAAUUCUUAAUCCGCAUGGAUCGCGUCGGGGAAUUUCUAAAAGUCGCUGAAAACAUUGGAAUCGAUAAAGGGGAUAUUCCAGAUUUAACCAAAGCUCCAAAUAGUUUAUUAGACGCUUUAGAACAACAUUUAGCCUCAUUAGAAGGGAACACUCCGACCGCGGCGACGAAUCAAAAGAAUUUAAAAUCCGGCGUUUCGGUUUUAUCAAAUACGUCAAAUGCUUUUGGAACAGCAGCUAAUAGCCAAAUAGACGAUACUAUUAAACAACAAGCUCUCUCUGAAGAAGAAGCGGCAUUAAAUCAAUAUAAAGCUAACGUUGGUUCUCCAUCGAGUACAAACCCGUUUUUAAGCUCACCAACUAAACCAGCCACAAACCAACAAAUUUUAGAUUUAUUUGGCACCGAGCCAGUGGCUCCAACAACAACAUCUCAACCAUCCAAAGCUAUCGAUGAUUUACUUCAACUUGGAAAUCCAUUUGCGGAUAUGUUUUCGGGUGCUCCACCUCAACAACAACAACAGCAACCAGUUCCAGUUCCUCCAACUUCAACAACGGAUAACCUUUUCGAUUCAUCUACUCUGGGAAACGAUUUCUUUUCCUCUCAAUCCACCACCGUUGCCCCAACUAACCCCGCAAACAACUUUUUCUCAAAUGGAUUUCCUCCACAACAACAACCUGUUAGCGCAGUGGGACAGUUUUCGUCGUCGAAUUUAAGCGGAAGUUUAUUUUCAACCAAUGAACCUUCAGUAUUUGAUCCUCUUGGAACUGCAGUUCAACCUCAAGUGGCGCAAGUGCCUCAACCUCAAGCGAAAAGCCAACAGAAAUUACUUACGGGUGAUUUAGAAUCGAGUUUAGCAUCGUUGGUAGAGAAUUUGACUAUCGAUACUUCUGGAAAAACGAAUCAGUGGAAUUCCCCAAAGAAUCAACCAAAGCAAGCGGCCAAUUGGCAACCACAACCGAUGGCUGUUACAACUGGAGCUAUGUAUCGGCCUAUGGGACAACAAAUGAGUGGUCAACCAAUGGGGGGACAAUUUCCUUUGGGGGUAACACAGCCGGUUAUGGGAAGCCCCAGAUUAGGAAAUCCUCAACAACCGCCGCCUAAACAAGAAGUCCCUUUCGAUCCGUUUGGAGAUCUGUAGUCUAGUUAAUUUAAUAUGUAUUUAUUGUAAAAAAAAAA